CGCAGAGACGAUCACAACCACCUUUGAGAACUAUGGCCUGCUGUACAAAGAUGGCAUGUUGGUCAAGCAGCCAGCGCCCACUUCGGACCCGAAAGACCCCAUGAACUUGAGCCUGUCUCGCAAACUUCUCGCCGUAUUCUUCUUAUGCUUCUUUGGUGCGCUGGCCGCUGCCGCCGAACUCAUCUUGGGCGCCUUGCUCCCCAUAUUCUUCCUUCAGUAUGCUGGACUGGAUCCGGCUCUGAUUGUACCAAUGUUCAGUGAAAGUGGAGGCCUUCCUGCGGGUGUGGACCCCAUGAAGGCUCUGGCGGCUCUACCAAACGCGCCGCCUAUGUGGAGAGUGCAACUGUUGGCCUCUCUUCCCGUCCUGAUCAUGGGCGUGGCGAACUUGGGCCUUGUUCCCAUGGCCAUCUCUGUCGGUCGACGACCUGUUAUCCUCGCUUCUGGUGUCGUCGCCAUCGCGGGUGCGGUUUGGGCGGGCCACAGUCAAUCUUUGGGAUCUCAUAUUGCAGCCCGAUGUGUGCAGGCUAUUGGUGCAGGUACUGUCGAGAGUCUGAUUCCAUUCAUUAUUCAGGACAUCGUCUUCGUCCACGAACGAAACACGUGGAUGUCGAUAGUUUUCGCCGCACAAGGCAUCAUCAUUAUCGUUUUGGGCAUCGGCACUCCUUACAUUGUUGUCGAUUUGAGCUGGCGCUGGGUGUACUUCAUCACCAGCAUUGCUGCCGGAUUUUUCUUAUGUGGAGUAUUCGUCUUUCUUCCGGAAACCAAAUGGCAGCGCAGCCGCUCCGAGAUGAAUGGUGUUCCCCGUCGUGAGAGCGUGAUUGCUCACGCCCCUCGCACAUGGCAAAGUGACCUGGCACUCUUCCAGGGCGCACCCGAGUGGCGAAAAGGCUACAACGCCUUCCUCGACACCAUGCACACCUUCUUUUAUCCUCAGAUUCUCUUCAUCACCUGCUUGAAUAGCGCCAUGAUGGCGGGAACAUUUGCCGCUGGGUACAACGUCGCGGCGCCUCUGCUCACAAAGCCCUGGUCCUGGUCCUUCUAUAAGAUUGGCUUAUGCUUGGUCCCUGUCCUCAUUGGCGCCGUCUUCGUGGGACUUCUUACAGGCUUCGUUGCAGACUGGGUCUGCAAUUGGGCUGCCAGAGCUCGAGGCAAACGCCUGCCGGAGAACCAGCUUCUGAACCUCGUCAUUCCUAUCGCGUGCACCUUGGUCGGGUGUGUGCUUUUUGGCCUUUCGGGACAGCACAUCGGCGAGUACCACUGGAUAGUCUUCCUCAUGGCCUUCGGCAUGAUCGCCUUCGGCUUCCUGGGCACGAACACCGUCGGUGCAGUCUAUGUGCUUGAGAGCUAUCCACAUCUAGCGGGACCCUCUCUGGUCAACAUCGCCUCUUUCCGCUGUUUGCUGGCCUUUGUCUUCUCAUUCAGAGUCACGGAGUGGGUGUCGGAGUACGGCUAUCUCAACUCCAUGCUGAUUUACGUGGGAGUCAUCGGCUUCUUCGCCCUUCUCGUCCCGGUCGUGUACGUGUUUGGUCCUGCAUGGCGAAAGCGGUGGCCUGCUACCCACCGAGGCAACGAUGGAUGGUGAGAGAGCCUUCCAACAACAUGGGAGGGAGGAAAUGAUAUACCAUGUUCUUGUAUAUAUGUGAAAACACACGGCCGGACCGCACAGGAGAAAAUCACUACACUACUACCUCAAGAUCAAACCCCCCAACAAUAGAAGAAUUGAUGACACACAAAAAGAAAUCCCGACUGCAGCGAAAGAAAAAACAAAAAAUUCGUUCUCUCGGGAUGUGGACUCGCAGCUUUUUUUCUUUUCGCACUGCUCGUAGAAAGAAAAAAGCUGCCGCAAACAACGACACCAACGACAACAACAACAACAACAACAACAAUGACAACAACACACAAGAAGCCAUUCGCAC